CAAAAAAUAUGCCAAAAACAACCCAAAAGAAAUAUAUUACAAAUCAAUUAAUACAAACACUUGUAGAGGAAUUGGAAGAGGGACAAUUUGUUGCAAAAAUUUUGGCUUCAAGAGGAAAUAAUUUGCACGAAGUGGAGAGCUUUAAUGGAGAAAAUUUUUUGGUAAGUAUGCCUUCAAGAUUUCGUCGAACACUUUGGGUUAGACGUGGAAAUUUUAUUAUUGUUCAGCCAAUAGAAGAAGGCGACAAAGUUAAAGCAGAAAUUGUGCAUGUUUUGGAUAUUGAAAAUAUUUCUAAUUUAAUAGAAAAAGGCAAAUGGCCUGAAAGAUUUUUACAAGAAGGAGAAUUGUUAACUAAAAGACGAAAGAAAUUUGAUGAAAAUGGAAAAGAAGAGGAUGAGGAUUCGAGUAUGUUCCCUCCAACAUCUUCAGAAGAAGACGAGGAUGAUAAUGAGGCGGAUGAAGCUGAUAAUGAAGACAAUGACAAUUCUGAAGUAUAUGACGAAGACGAAUGUAAUGAUGACAAAAUGGAAGAUGACAAAAAUUUGCAAAGUAUUUCUUCAAAAUAA